AUGCUGCUGUGGCUGCUGCUGCUCCUGCUGUGGGGGGGGUCCCUGCAGGAGGAUAGAGGGUAUGCGCUGCAGGUGCAGAAGGAUGUGACGGUGCAGGAGGGCCUGUGUGUCACUGUUCCCUGCAAGUUCAUCUACCCCAGGGAACCAUACUAUGAUCGUGCCUCACUCUACAUCUUCUGGUUUGAGCACGGGGACAGUAUAUAUGACCCUCCGGUGGCCACCAACCAUCCAACCCGAGCAGUGAAGACAUGGACAAAGGGCCGGUUCCAGCUCAUCGGAGACCCCCGGGCCAAUGACUGCUCCCUGAGCAUCAGAGGUGCCCGCAGGAGUGACGCAGGGGCCUACACUUUCCGGGUGGAGCGAGGACAUGUGAAAUAUACCUACGCAGACAGUUGGCUGACUGUGCUGGUGACAGACCUCACAGAGAAACCCCACAUCCACAUUCUGCAACCUCUGGAGUCCGGACACCCCGCGAACCUGACCUGCAGCGUGUCAGGGUCCUGUGAGGGGGCCAGACCCCUGGCCUUCUCGUGGGUGGGGGAAGCCCUUAAUGAGAUGGACCCUACAACACGCCAGUCCCCGGUGCUCACCUUCACCCCGAGGCCCCAGGACCACGGCACCAACCUCACCUGUCGGGUGAAACAAAACGACCGUCACACACCUGCCAAUCUCAACCUCAAGGCCAUGGGAAACUCCUCCUCCCACUCCAUCCUGGAGGGCCAGUCCCUGCACCUGCAGUGUGUGGCCCUCAGCAACCCCCCUGCAGAGCUGAGCUGGUUCCAGGGACCCUCAGUCCGGAAUGUCUCCAUCUCCAACUCGAGCGACCUGAGGUGGCCUCGAGUCAGCCUUGAAGAUGCAGGAAGGUUCACCUGCCGAGCGAAGAAUGCGCUGGGCUCCGGCUCGGUCUCUCUGAACCUCUUUGUGCUGUACCCUCCACGGUUGACGGAGCCUCUCUGCUUCUGGGAGGCCGAGGUUCUGCACUGCACCUGCUCUGCCCAGGCCUGGCCAGUCCCCUCCCUGCACUGGUGGAUUGGGGACAGGCGGGUGGAGGGAAACAGCAGUAACGCCUCCGUCACCAGCGGCUCCACCAAGUCCUGCACCAACAGCUCCCUGCGGCUCCAGGUGGUGCUCACCUCGGUCCUCAGACUCUGCUGCGAGGCCAGGAACGACUUUGGGAACCAGAGUGUCACCGUCCUGCUGCUGCCAGGGAAAUCAGCCUCCAGGGCAGAGGUGGCUCUGGGGGCCCUUGGUGGUGCUGGGACCAUGGCCCUGAUCUGCCUGUGUGUGUGCCUCACCUUCUUUUGCCUCAUGAAAACCCACAGGAAGCAAGCCAAUAGAAACCCUGAAGGCACAGACGACGAAGACCCUGUCAUGGGUACUGUCACCUGGUCUCCCAAGUCUGUUUCUUUUGGCGCCAACAUCUUUCUCCUGGAUACAUGA